AUGGCUUCAGCUAAAGAGGAGAAAAACAUAGUGUUGUAUCACUACUCCACCUCGCCAUACGCGCGAAGAAUCGGAUGGUACUUGGCUCUCAGAGGCAUCCCCUACGUGCAAUGCAUACAACCUCCGGUGAUGCCCCGGCCCGACGUCGCCAAGCUCGGCGUCGUGCACCGGCGCAUCCCGAUCCUCUCCAUCGGCCGCGACGUCUACCUCGACACGCGCCUGAUGCUCCGCAAGCUCGAGUCCAUCUACCCCUCGCGUCCGCGCCUGGGCGCCUCGGGGCCCGACCAAGCCGCGCUCGAGCGCCUCCUCGAGGUCCUCGCCAUCGACGGCGGCGUCUUCCGCGUCGCCAUGAACGUGCUCCCCACCGACCUGCCCAUGUUGAAGGACCCGGCCUGGUUCAAGGACCGCAGCGGCUACGCGGGGGCGCCGCUCUCGGCGGAGGUGCUGCAGCGCAACAAGCCGCAGGCCGUCAACGAGAUUCGCCGCAACAUGGAGUUGCUCGAGAAGACCUUGCUGGCCGACGGGCGCGACUGGGUGCUUAAAACGGACGGCCCGGGGCUGGCGGAUAUUGAAGCUGUUUGGUUGCUGCAUUGGCUCACGGGCAUUCCAAAGGCCCUCCCGGAGGAUCACAUCUCGGCGGAAAAGUUCCCCAAGGUGUACGCGUGGAUUGCGCGGUUCCAGAAAGCCGUAUCAGCUGCGAAGAAGGCGGCGCCGAAAGUUGAGACGGUGUCCGGGGACAAGGCGGCGGAUACCAUCGUCUCAUCGCCGUACAAUGAGCCCGAAGGACAAGUUGACCCGAAUGACGCGCUCGUGAUUGCCGAGGGCCUCAAGGCGGGGGACGCUGUGAUCGUCUGGCCUACCGACACGGGUGCCACGUACAAGGAUUCGGGCAAGCUGGUGAGCGUCAAUGGCGACGAGGUUGUGAUUCAAGUCAAUGGAGAGAAGGGCUCGGUAAGAGUUCACGCUCCGAGACAUGGCUUCCGGGUGGAGAAGCUGGACAGGUUCAAGGAACGUAAAAGCCCCACCAAGUUGUAA